GAGAUUCCUUUCUAACAAUGCAGCUCCUCCGGCCCUUGUCCCAAUCCUGGCUGUUGUCCCAGCUCUGCAAAGAGGGAAGGGGCUGUGGCCAUGAAGAAAACACAGAAGGUUCUAACACUUCAACCUUUAACAACGGUCUCAAGCAAUCAACAGGAUUAAGUAUCCUAUGCAUUGCAUCUAUGGUCACUACAAACAAUCUUUGACACCUUGGCAUCUUGCAUUACUCCUCUGCCAUGCACAGCUCUUCUUCGUGGUUCUUUUGCAUCUCACUUUGUGUGCUGGAAACAAUUAAACUUUAUGAAGCUUCUCUUCAGAUGCCAUACAUUUCAUUCUCAGCCGGAUAUGCCACCUACCUGAUUGCAGAGCCGGUGUCUAUGUCAUGCCAGAUUCCGUCUAAUAUUACAGUAAAGGGUUACCAGUUCUUUAAAAAUAACCAGAAGAUACAAGACAUAAAUGGACCCUCAGGAAAACAUUACAAAAUCACCAGUGUGAACCGGGGAAGUGCUGGAUCUUACUCCUGUUUGUACUGGAUAUUAGACUCCAGAGGACAACAAAUAUCUCCAAUAAGUUCUCCAGUAUUUUUGUCAGUAAUGGAUCAACCUGUUACUCCAGCUCUCACCAUAAAUCCCAAGUACCCUCUUUAUUUUGAAGGAGAAGAUGUGAAUUUAGUAUGUGAGCAUCAAAUUUACCCUUACACAGGGGGUUACAAAUUCCGCAAGAAUAACAGAGAGCUCAAUAAUUCAAGUGGUGAUUUAGCAUCUGCUCUUUUUAUUCACAACAUGAGUAGAAAGGAUUCUGGGACAUAUGAGUGCCAAUACUGGUUAUCAGAACACCAAAGGGUGGUACACUCCCCUAGAAGCAAACCACAAACCCUUUCUGUAACAGCUUUAUCUACAGCCCCAUUGUUGUUGUUCCAGCCGCCUUACUCCACAUUAAUAGUAGGGGAGACUGUUUCCAUGGAAUGUUUGGCCCCCUCUACAGUGUCUGUCAGUUUGUAUCGCUUUUACUAUGAGGAACGUGAGGUGGCAUCUCCUUCAACUACGCACUCUGGGCAGCUUGUGCUGAGGAACCUUACUAAGGAGCACAAUGGAAACUACAUCUGUAUGUACUGGAGCGCAAAGAACCAAAGGGAAAUCCCAUCUUUUCCAAGUGCGACAAAAGAAUUGUAUAUAAUAGAUCCUCUUCAGCCACCAGUGCUUUCACUAGAUCCACCUAGUGGUCGAAUUUGGGAUGGAGGAAAUGUGACUUUGUUCUGUACAACUCCCAUCGUUUAUGAAAAUACCACUUUCCACUUCCUUAAUGAUAGAGAAGCGGUGUUUAUCAACAACACAAGCAAAGCACAGAUGAAAAUGGUGAUCACCAUGUCUUUGUCAAAUGCCACCUCAGUUUUCAAGUAUUCCUGUCAGUAUACAGCAUACAUUAAAGGACGUGCCUUAACAUCACCCAGGAGUCACCCUGCAGAGAUCACAAUUAUAACUGGAUCAGCACUCUGGCUCAUAGCUAUUGCAGUUGCUGCUGGGGUUACGGUGCUGAUAAUAGUAUUUCUUCUAUUCUACUGGAUUUGUUUGGCGAGAAGAGACUCUACAGAUGGUGAACAGAAAUCACAGUCCUCUGAAGAAAAUGGCAAAACUACGACAGGUCUGAGGAUGCAACAGAGAAGUUCAAAAGACUGAUUCCAAUUUCCCAGACUUGGGAAGAUAAAUUAUGGGAGUAAAUUGUAUGAACUGACAUCAAUUUAUUUUAUCAUUUUAAAAAUAGACAGCAAAUGGUACAAAAGACCAUGGAAUCACACUAAAUUGCUCCCUUAGGGCAGAGACACACGUGGAGAUUUGGGGAGAUUAGUUGCCAGGCGACAAAUCGCCUCUUCUUCUGGCAACUAAUCUCCCUGAACUGCCUUCCCACUGGCUAGAAUCCAAAUCUCCGGCAGUAUGGCAUUGGAAGUGAUUCGUUUUCCGAAGUCACCCGAAGUUUCCUUGUGAGCCGGGCGACUAAUCUCCCUGAAUCUCCACAUGUGUCUCUGCACUUAAACUUAUUAUAUUUAAUUUUGUAUCUGAAAACAAUGUUGUUGAUUUAACAUAGAUGAGAUGCAUAAAACGGAGGAAGCAAAGCAAGGAAAGUAAACCAUGCCUCCCUGAGCUUUACCUACACCCGGCAUAUUUCCCUCUCUUAGUGAACUCUCCUCGUUGGCCAUCCUUGCAAUUAGGUACCUCUAAAGAUAUUUUAUUUGCAUUCACUGAAUGAGAAUUACCCAGGCUAACAGCCUUACAUCCUACGUUAACAGUCAGACAUUUAUGUAUUUAAGUAAAUAUGUUUAUGCUUAUUCUGCAUAUUUUUUUUAUUGGUUUGCAGAUGCUAAUUCAAAAAAACGUUAAGCUUCCAUACAUGGUCAGAUUUGGUUGGACAGUUUAGCUGAUUUUAACUAUUCUGCCUGACCAUCUGGGCAUAUAUGUCAUCUUAAGGUUUGGUAUCAACAGGCCAUUCUGUGAUGCAAUAAACCAAAAUUGUAAUCGACCGAUGUACCUUCUUGGUAGGUGCAUGGGACUUCCCUUUUACAGUAUCUAUCUGCUUGCCAGUGGGCUGAUUGGUCAGACACCGUCAUCAAGGGUCUGCUAGUAUAUAUAUAUAUAUGUGUGUGUGUGUGUAUAUAUAUAUAUAUAUAUAUAUAUAUAUAUAUAUACAGUCCUCCGUCAUCAAGGGUCUGCUAGUAUAUAUAUAUAUGUUCUCUCUGUCCCUGGCGUCCGCACUCGCUCAUCUGGUUGUAGCAAUUGCCGGGUGCCGUGUCAAUGUUGAAAUAAUGUAAAUCCAAAUGUUGCGACACGCACUCCGAUUAUUUUCAA